AGGAGGGGCUUGGGGGAAAGGCAGCAAGGUUUGCUCCCCCAGCCACUGGGGAAAUGGCUCCGAUGAGGUAGUGCAAAGCAGGCUGCCUGGAACAGUUUGCCCCAAAAGCCUUUGAUACCCCAGAAGUGGAGGACCAUAGAGGCCUGGCCGCAGGGCCAGGUCACAAACAGGAAGCUGCAGCUCCUGGAUCAAGAGGGGCUGCAGGGUGAGAGAAAUAGUUGAGUUGAAAGGCUGCCAGAGGCGGGCACAGUGCCUGGGAAGUGCUAAUCCCCAGAGUGGCCAGGAGGAGGCGCCUCUAGUGGUGAGUGCACCCUCAUGACAAGGUCCCUUAGUGAUUAAACCGCCUUGGGGUCAGGCAGCUGGAGUAACUUUCCCAAGUCAGCAGAGUGCUGAUCCCUUAUCAGGGAACAGGGCUGGGGCUGGGGCAGGGUAUUGAUUAAGACACGUCAAUUCUUUGGUCAGAGGAAGUUGGGGAGCAGAUAAUUCUUUGAUUUGCAGCCUUCCCCAAUGGCUUGGAGAGGUGAGAGAGAGCUGUUAAUGUGUAACUCACCGAGACACUAGGCCUAUAAGAUCUCCUGCGGGAGGUGUACCUGAGCCAGAUCCUCAGCAGCUCCCAGCCGCGUCUAUCCAGCACCAGCAAGGAGGAUGUCUGAGAAAUUUGAAAUCUUGAACCUGGAUCUGAAAGCAGGGAACACCCUGAAGAUAAAGGGCAAGGUCGCCAAUGAUGCUGAGACCUUUGUGAUUAACCUUGGCAAGAGCCCUAGUGAGCUGGGGCUGCACUUCAACCCUCGCUUCAAUGAAUCCACCAUCAUCUGUAACUCCAGAUGUGCCAACUGCUGGCAGUCGGAGCAUCGCGACAACCACUUGUCGUUCUCCCGGGGCUCGGAGGUCAAGUUUAUCGUCAGCUUCCUGGGAGACAAGUUCAAGGUGAAGCUGCCGGACGGGCAUGAGGUGGAGUUCCCCAACCGGAACGGCUAUGACAGGAUCACCUAUCUGAGUGUGCAGGGCGGGUUCAAAGUCAUCUCCUUCAAACAAGUAUGAUGGGCCCCGCUUCCCUGCUCUAAUAAAGACCCCAGGUGAGGGGCCAGUUUGUCCCAACUGUGCUGGCU